UGAGGUCACUUCACUAUUGGUACAGCUGCGGACGCUUGCAAUCACUGAUGCGCGCACAGGCAUACGUGGAGCGAGGGAAGCACUGCCCACCUACCGUCACAGCACAGCACCAUGAAGGAGUAUGCACCCACUGACUAAGGAACAAACUAUCAACUCAACUGCAUCAGGCUUUCCUAGAGGAAUCGACUUUUUUCCACUUUCUGCCAAAACAGAAAAGAUGACCUAUUUUCUCCAGGUGAAUGACGCAAAUCUCAACAUGUCAAUCUAGGCAGUUUCAGAACAUUUUUGUGGCUUUGCACUCAAGGUUUUCCUUUUUUUAAAAGGUGUGGUGAAUCCUUCCUUCACGGAAUUCUUCCUUUUUGCUGACCACAUAAAUAGACGGAACUUGUUCGAGCCCGUGCAGCUGAUCACUUCGCCAAGAAAGAUGUUUUCUCAGAAGCUGUACAUUUCUUUCCUCGCGCUGGCCUGCUUGGUGAGGAUCCCGUGCGCAACAGGGGCAGCGUGCGAGCCCAUCCGCAUCCCAAUGUGCAAGUCCAUGCCGUGGAACAUGACCAAAAUGCCGAACCACCUUCAUCACAGCACCCAGGCGAACGCGGUCUUGGCAAUCGAGCAGUUUGAGGGCUUGCUGGGCACCGCUUGUAGCCCGGAUCUGCUCUUCUUUCUGUGCGCCAUGUACGCGCCCAUAUGCACCAUAGACUUCCAGCACGACCCCAUCAAGCCGUGCAAGUCGGUGUGCGAGAAAGCCAAGUGCGGCUGCGAGCCCAUCAUGAAAAGAUACAACCACACCUGGCCGGAGAGUCUGGCGUGCGAGGAUUUACCCGUCUAUGACCGAGGAGUUUGCAUAUCUCCCGAGGCUAUCGUUAAAGCGGAGGGACCAGACACUCCCUACCAAGACCCCUCCAAGUGCUCCCAUGAAUCAAAUCCUGACUUUCCAAUGGACUCUCACAAUGGUAACUGUAAAGGAGGUGGUGACCGCUGCAGGUGCAAGGCUGUCAGGCUUGCCAGACAAACCUAUUCGAAGAAUAAUUACAAUUAUGUCAUCCGUGCGCGAGUCAAGGAGAUCCGUACUCGUAACCACGACCUGAGUGCCAUCGUGGAGGUGAAGGACGUGCUGAAGUCGUCGCUGGUCAACAUCCCCCGAGAUGUGGUGACCCUGCACUACAACUCCGGCUGCCUGUGUCCCGAGCUGGUGGCCAACGAGGAGUACAUCAUCAUGGGCUACGAGAACGAGGAACGCUCCAGGCUACUUCUCAUAGAGGGGUCAAUUGCACAGAAGUGGAAGGACAAAGUAGGAAGAAAGGUUGUGCGCUGGAACCAGCUCCAGGAGCAGAGCAGGGGGAACUCGGGCAGGAGUAACGCAAGACGAAGCCGCUACUGAUCCCAGCGUGCUUUAGGCUGAGCCCAGCUGAGCUGGAGCAACCAAGGGCCUGUACUAAGAAGCUGGUUCAGGAGUAAACCAGGUUACAGUAAGUUAAGAGGUAAAGCAUCUAAUGGAAGAGCCUGGAGUCCAAGAAAAUGAGGGCUCUUCUAUUAGAUGCUUUACCGCUUAACUUAACCUGGACCUUGUUUCUCGAAAGCAUCGUUGCUAACCGGUUAGCAACUUACUAGGUUGCCAAUGGGAAAUUGCAUUGCAACCAAGUAAGUUGCUCGCUUAGUUAGCAAUGACACUGUCGAGAAACGGGGUCCUGGUUUACUCCUGAAAACAGCUUCUUAGUGUAGGCCCCUGAGCUGGAGCGACCCAAUGAGACACACAAGCAAGGAGGAGAGACGGAGAAGAAGAUGAAGAAGAAGUAGGAGAAGAAGAAGAAGAAGAAGAAGAAGAAGCGUUCCAUACAACUGAACAACAAAAAUUGCACUAUUGUAUGUUCUUUUUUCAUUGUCAUUUUUUUUAAAAGAAAAAGAAAAAAAUGAGUUGUAACCCUUUAAGAAAAAAAGUAGGUUUAUUUUAGUUGGUUGCUUUGUUUGUAUUAUAUGUUGUUUUAUAUCUUUUUUAUGACUCAUUGCCUUAUUGCAAUAGAGAAGGGUUUGUGUAGGAGAGCUUGUCGGCAUCCUUUGUGGAGAGAUUUCCCUGUGCGAGGGUUAUUUCUUGCUGGAAGAAGAGGCGGUGGGGGGUUGGGGGGGGUGGACUGUUUUCAGAUCGAAAUGAGAUGGAAUGAAACGAGGAGCGUGGUGUUGUUUUUUUGUGUGCGUGUGUUCUCUUUUUAAAACGAGAGGGACGGAUAUUUAUCUAGCCAGUGACACAGUGGGAAAGGAGUUGGAUGUCUUUUGAGAUGCCAAAGUGUGUUUUUUUUUUCCUUUUUGUCUUUGACACUAUGCAGUGCUCCGUCUCAGCUUUUACACUUUCAAAGGGAGACAAACACAUUUUAAUCGCGCUGCAGCUGGGUCUUGCUCGCUCGCUCGCUCGCUCUCUCCCCCCGGAGGACUGGGAAGGCUCUUCAAAGGGAAAGACGGAGUCGACUGGGGAAAAGGGAGAGCAGAGGAGGAGAGGGGAAGAGUAGGAGAGGAGAGGAGAGGAGAGGAGGGGCGAUCGACCAUCUUUUUGGCUAGUGCUGUGGCCAGGGAGUGGUGGGGGGGAUGAGAUGAGAUGAGAUGCAAGGGGAAGGGGUUUAGGGGAGGGGAGGGGUGAUCGACCAUCUUUUCGGCGAGCGCAGUUGAUGUUGGGGUAGGGUUGGGGGUUGGGGUGGGGGGGGGGGUCAUCUUUUGGCAGGCUAUAGAGAAAUGUCAGAAUGAUCCAAGACUGUGCAGCAUGGGGGUUGAAUGCCAUCAAGGACUUGACUGAAGACUGAAGAGGAGUGGGGUUGGGAGAGAAAGACAAACAAAUAUGAAUGUUACUGUUGGGAAGCUCAUUAAAAAUAUCUGUUCAUUUUAUUGGAGCAUGUAUACUGCAUAACACGUCUGUAGUGCUGUUGUUAGAUGUCCCUGAUUGAUUUUUUUUCGUCCCCGCAUUUUGUUCACUUAAACGACUCUUUGAUUUAUUGUUUAUUUUUCUGGUUUCUGUUCUCUUUUUUUGUUGUUUUUUUAUUCCAUUUUCUUUGACUCUCUUCGAUAUGGCUCCUUUGGGUCAUUCCUGUUUUUUUUCCAACAUCUGCAUUUUUACAUGUGACUUCACUUGUCAGCCUGGUCUUAUAAACAUUACACUACAUAUUACAGGAAAAAAGCAUCACCAGUUGCUGUUUGUUAACCAGUUUUUUUGUUUUGUUCCAUUCUCCAUUAAAAACACGUCUGGACCAUA